AUGCCAGACACGCUGAUCAGUCAACGACAGGAGUCAAGCCCCCCGAGCUCCUCUGGAACAGUCGUAGAGGUGACAGAAGGUACAGAGACUAAGACAGCAGGGCAACAUGUCUUCAACGAGCAGACAAACUAUGUUCCUAGGAGUACCAUCAUCACGAUCUUCCUCGCAUGCUCGACAGUCGACCUCGUCGCCUUGAUGGACCAGACGACCCUCGCGGCCAGUUUGUCCAUCGUCGGCAACGCCCUGAACGCCAGCGACCAGACGUCCUGGAUCUCCGGCGCCUAUUUUGUUACAUCCACCUGCUUCCAACUGCUCUAUGGCCGCCUCUCCGACAUCUGGUCCCGCAAAUACGUCCUCUUCACCGGCCUCGCCAUCUUCUUCUUCGGCUCGCUGGCGGCCUCCCUCGCCCAAACAGCCACCCAGCUCAUCAUCUUCCGCGCCUUCACCGGCAUCGGCGGCGGCGGCCUCAUGACCGUCGCCCAGAUGAUCGUCAGCGACGUGGUCCCGCUGCGCGAAAGGGGUAAAUACCAGGGUAUUCUCGGCGCGGUGGUCGCGAUCGCGAACGGCAUCGGGCCCGUGAUCGGAGGCGCGCUCGCAUCCGCAUCGAUCGAGAAGGAGUCGUGGCGGUGGAUCUUCCGGCUCAAUCUCCCACUCACGGUGCUCACGACGCUGUGCGUGUUCUUCUUCAUGCCCCUGCGCAAGGUCACGGGCGCGUGGAAGGUGAAGCUGGCGGCGGUGGAUUUCGUCGGCGCGGCGCUGGCACUCGGCGGGACGGCCGUGCUGCUGCUGGGCCUGAACUGGGGCGGAGGGGAGUAUGCCUGGGACUCGGCGCAUGUGAUUGCUACCCUUGUCGUGGGCGUGGCCGUCUGCGUGGCGUUCGUGCUCUGGCAGUGGAAGGGGGCCGCGUUCCCGCUUGUCCCGAUGCAUAUCUUCCGCUCGCGGAUCGUCAACGGCGCGUGUCUGACCAUGUUUGUCAAUGGGUGGAAUUUCCUGGUGCAGGUGUACUAUAUCCCGACCUUCUACCAGCUGGUCUUUGGGUAUUCAACCGUCAAGGCCGGCGCCAUGUUGCUGCCCAUCACGCUGUUGCAGACCGCCAGUAGUACCGCCUCCGGGCUCGUCGUCCACUGGAUAGGCCGGUACAGGGAAUGCAUCCUCUUCGGCUGGAUGAUCUGGGCCGUCGGACUAGGUCUCUUCUCGACGCUGGACCAGUCAUCUGGUCUGGGGAAGCAGAUCGGCUAUGGGAUAUUGACUGGUGUGGGUGUGGGCAACACCCUGCAGCCCGCCCUGAUCGCAAUCCAAGCCGGCGUCGACCGCCGCGACAUGGCCGUCGUAACCUCGUUCCGAAACUUCGUCAGAAACCUAGGCGGCACACUCGGCCUAGCCGUCGCCGGAACAAUCAUAAACAACAUCCUCUCCUCCUCGAUCUCGAGUCUCGGAUUAACGGCUUCGGAAACAAGAUCCUUCCUGUCCAGUCCGCAGAAUUAUCUCUCUGGUCUGUCGGCGGACGAAGCAGAGCGCGUGCGUGCCUUGGUCAUCCCGGCGUAUAAGCGUGGCUUCAGGAUCAUUUUCGUGAUCGGGGGCGCAUUGGCGGCAUUUGCGUUCUGUUUGGCGUUUGCGCUGAUGCCGCAGGUUGAGUUGAACAGAGCCGAUGAUGCGAAAUUGAAGGAGGAGGCGAAGAGGAGGGUGGCCGGUGCGGAUGAUGAGAAGAACACUUGCUAG